AGCCGUUCUGCAAGGUAACUGACUUAUUUGACAGAACUACUUGCACCUGGAUUAGAAUAGAUGUUUUCCAGAGCAGUUUACAAACCAAUACUGCAGUAACUCACCUGAAGGUAAUGUGAAAGAGCAGGAGCUUGUGCUUGUUCCUUCUCAGUGCUGAGAAGCAGAAGGAAAGACUUCCUACUGCCAAAUACAACCACAGCUAAGCUGGAGGUUUGUAGUCCUUUCGUUGUCAGCAGGCUAUGAUUAGUGACACAGCUUGUGACAUCAAAGUUCUAAUUUAACUGGACCAAAAGUUGUAAACUCUAAGUAAAGCUGUGGAGUCUUACACAGUAAUGCGUUCCUGUCCCCUCCCUCCUUGCCCCAGGUGAAACUCAAAUUUUAUUUGCUAGUGCAUGGAAGGGUAACAUAAAUGAAACUGCAGAUGUUCGAGCUGCCGCUAUAAAAUCAAUGUGAUUAAGGGCUUCAUUAGAACGUUUUAUUUCGUCAAACAGUAGGUGGAGCACCUGCAUAAGACAAUGUCCCGUGGGAAACGGGACAUGGACUGUGAAAGACCUGGAGGGAGUUGGGAGCAAACAAUGAUGUCUUGUUAGAGCUACUAAUUUGGCUUAGGGUGAUAACUGCUUGGUUGUGAAGAGCUGUUAGAGAAGCUGAUUAGGUUCCAGGUAUAAUAAUUUCUCACUAGUGCUCUGUGUUAGAUACAUGUUUUACAAAGUGUGCAGGGUAAAUGUGUGUUGCCAUUUUACUGAAGUGGGUAAAUAUUGUUUUCUUGUUUUAUAGGUCAAGAAACCAAAGAAGAGCUGAAGAGACCUUUUUUGCAAAGCUGAAAUACUGGCUCAUGAGCAUUUCGUUAUUAGAUUGGAAACCAUUUCUAAAGCUGAAGCUGUAUUUACUAAAACAAUAACUUGGCACUUUUUCCUAACCUAAUACGAGGCAGUUCAGUGUAUUAAGCUGAAAAAUCACAGCAGCCAUCCCUCAAGGGCUUGAGGCUCUAGUACCUUUCAGUGUUGCCUGCUAGCCUGAUGAAAGUCUCUUGAUUACACUGUAUCAUGAGGAUUGUUGAUUAUUGGCCCAGUAUGAUCCUUUACCAAUAUAAUGGUUCAACUGAAACUGGAGGCAAUACAGUAAAACCCCUGGGGUCGAGACGGCUAAUCGUUCCCUUCAUCCUAUUCAGCCAAACCAGACUAAUGUUAGUUGUUACACAGUGAUCUGUGAGAAAAAUCUGUUUGUUCUACUUUGUAUCUGAUUGAUAUUGGAACUACAGAAAACUGCCAAAUCUCAAAAUUCAGCUGCUGUGUUUUAUUUAAGCUUUUGCAAGACAAAUUUCUAUGCAGUCUUAUUUCCCUUGCAUGGUUCUCUACUUUUCCUGCUAACAGACCCAAUAAGGGAGUUGCUUCGCUGACGUUAACAUAAGGAAGUCCAAAAUGUAAAACAAACUCGAUGCACAGUAAUGAUUAACUUUUCCUCCCACAUGUAGCUUGUCUGUGCAUUAUUAAAUAUGGUUUUAGCUCUGCAGACCUGUUAGUGUGGAAGAGGUUUGGAGUGCAGCUUUCAAACACGGCAAGAGGCAGAUGUUUCAGUUUCCAACCUGAAGAACAGGUUCUGAGAUGUAAAAGGAGCGAAAUGCCUGUUCAGGAUUGUUACCACCCUCUGAUUCCUUUUGCCUCCUCCCACUUUGAACUUGUUACCCUGGAGCUGAACUGUUUGAAUAAGGACGGUAAAAGCUGCUUUGUGAUCAGUGAGCUGAGAGCCCUUAACAUGUAAAAUGCAGGGCGGAGCCUUCGCUCUCAGACUUGGCAGUUCCCUCCCCCCCCCCUUUUUUUUCCACCCUUAUGAAGGUUCCGAUGCACCGUGCAGAGAAGCUCGGACAGCUCGUCUGCACUGUCCAGAGAGGAGACACAAAGCUCAUGGACGUUCUCAUCUUAUAAAACCACAAGUUUUUCAGGGCCACAGAUAGAUGGAUUGUUUGUGAACUCGUGCCUUGUCAUUGGUUUGCAACAUGCAAGAGCCCCUGGGGAGAUGUGCUGAGGACUUGUGACUGCCUUGCUUCUGGGGAGGGCCAUCGCAUCCUUUCCAUCAAGACUGAGCUCAGCGGUUGUUUUCUCCACACUGAUACCAUAAAUUCUAUUCUUCAAUGCAUGGAAUAUGUGUCAGCAGGAUUAAACCAGGAGACUUUCCUGAAUGUGGGAUUCCGAAGAAGGCCCUUGCUGUGACUUCUGAAGUAAACCAGCCACAUCCUGAAAUUGUGGCUUUGUCUCAGACACUUUUAUUACUGGACUGAAUCUUUCUGCAGAUAUCUGUUCUGAAGUACUUUGACUUGGAGCAAGCACUGUUGCUGGGCUGCUCUGAAAGCUUGAGAUGGCUCUGACUUCUCCAAGAUCUGUAGCAGGGGAUUUGGCACAUAGAGAAGAACUCAUGCUCCACGAUGGAAACUGUCUCCAUUUCCUCUCUGCAAAUGUCAUCUCAAUAGUGGAAAGAUGUAUGAGUUCCAUGCAAACUGGUACCCAAAUGAUCAAACUCCGUGGCAGUUCCAAAGGGUUGGUCCGCUUCUAUUACCUGGAUGAGCACAAGUCGUGUAUUCGCUGGAGACCCUCUCGGAAGAAUGAGAAAGCCAAAAUUUCCAUCGACUCUAUUCAGGAGGUUUGCGAGGGGAAACAGUCAGAGAUCUUUCAGCGCUAUGCCGAUGGCAGUUUUGAUCCCAACUGCUGCUUCAGCAUCUACUAUGGAGACCAUAUGGAAUCUCUCGACCUGGUAUCUUCCAGUGGAGAGGAAGCACGCACCUGGAUCACAGGGCUAAAAUACCUGAUGGCAGGGAUCAGCGAUGAAGACAGCCUCUCAAAACGCCAAAGGACCAGAGACCAGUGGUUGAAGCAGACAUUUGAUGAGGCAGAUAAGAAUGGUGAUGGCAGUCUGAGUAUUAAUGAAGUGCUCCAGCUAAUGCACAAACUGAAUGUGAACCUACCCCGACAGAAAGUCAAGCAAAUGUUUAAGGAGGCUGACACAGAUGAUAACCAGGGCACGCUGGGCUUCGAUGAGUUCUGCGCCUUCUAUAAGAUGAUGUCGACACGCCGUGAUCUCUACCUGCUGAUGCUCACCUACAGCAACCACAAGGACCACCUAGAUGCAGAUGACCUGAGACGCUUUCUGGAGACUGAACAGAAGAUGACGAAUGUGACUAAAGAGCACUGCCUGGAGAUCGUCAACAAGUUUGAACCAUGCCUGGAGAACAAGAAGGAGGGAGCUCUGGGGAUUGAUGGUUUCACCAAUUACAUGCGGAGCCCGUCAGGGGACAUAUUCAACCCAGAACACUACCAAGUGAAUCAGGACAUGAGUUAUCCAUUGAGUCACUAUUUCAUUACCUCUUCACAUAAUACCUACCUCAUGGGAGAUCAGCUGAUGUCCCAGUCUAGGGUGGACAUGUAUGCAUGGGUGCUGCAAUCUGGCUGUCGGUGCGUAGAAGUUGACUGCUGGGACGGGCCGGACGGUGAACCAAUUGUCCACCAUGGAUACACUUUGACUUCGAAAAUUCUCUUCAAAGAUGUGAUUGAAACGAUCAACAAAUAUGCCUUUACCAAGAAUGAGUACCCUGUUAUUUUGUCAAUUGAGAACCAUUGCAGUGUCAUUCAGCAGAAGAAGAUGGCUCAAUAUCUUACAGAAAUCCUGGGAGACAAACUGGAUCUGUCUUCUGUGCAUAAUGAUGAUUCUACCACGCUCCCUUCACCAGCAAGUCUUAAAGGAAAGAUCCUGGUUAAGGGGAAGAAACUUCCAGCCAACAUCAGUGAUGAUGCAGAGGAGGGCGAAGUUUCUGAUGAGGACAGUGCUGAUGAGAUUGACGAUGACUGUAAACUAAUGAAUGGAGAUGCAUCUAUGAAUAGGAAAAGAGUGGAGAAUAUAGCAAAGAAAAAACUUGACUCACUGAUAAAAGAAUCCAAAAUCCGUGACUGUGAAGAUCCAAACAAUUUUACAGUUACCACUCUACCAUCAGGAAAGUCUGGCCUAAAAUCAGAGAGUAAGAAGAAUAAACUUGAGGAUGAUGUGGAAUCUGGGGAAGAUUUCAGCACCGGUAAGAGGCACGGCCGGUUGUUGAUGGGCAGCUUCUCCAAGCGCAAGAAAAAAGGAAGCAAAUUGAAAAAGGCAGCAAGUCUGGAAGAAGGGGAAGAUGAUUCGGAUUCUCAAGGAACUGUAGCCAGGAGCUCUGUACAUUACAGCAGGAUAAACCGGCAGAAGAAAACAAUGAAGUUGUCCAGGGCACUCUCUGACCUGGUGAAGUACACAAAGUCUGUUGGCAUCCAUGAUAUUGAAACUGAAAUCUCUUCCAGCUGGCAGGUUUCAUCUUUCAGUGAAACAAAAGCCCACCAAAUACUGCAGCAAAAGCCAGCACAGUAUCUACGUUUCAACCAGCAUCAGUUGUCCCGCAUCUACCCAUCUUCCUACCGUGUGGACUCUAGCAACUACAAUCCCCAGCCAUUCUGGAAUGCUGGCUGCCAACUUGUUGCACUAAACUACCAGUCAGAGGGGAGAAUGCUGCAACUGAACCGGGCCAAAUUUAGUGCCAAUGGGAAUUGUGGCUAUGUCCUCAAACCAAACUGCAUGUGUCAAGGUGUGUUUAACCCGAAUUCUGAAGACCCGCUGCCUGGUCAGUUGAAGAAACAGCUAGUUCUAAGAAUUAUUAGUGGUCAACAACUCCCCAAACCACGUGAUUCCAUGUUGGGAGACAGAGGAGAGAUCAUUGAUCCAUUUGUUGAAGUAGAAGUCAUAGGCUUACCUGUCGACUGCUUCAAAGAACAAACUAGAGUAGUUGAUGAUAAUGGUUUUAACCCCAUGUGGGAGGAAACGUUGGUGUUCACAGUGCACAUGCCAGAGAUCGCACUGAUUCGGUUCCUCGUGUGGGAUCACGAUCCAAUUGGGCGUGAUUUCAUUGGACAGAGGACAAUAGCUUUCAGCAGCAUGAUGCCAGGUUACCGACAUGUGUACCUGGAGGGUAUAGAAGAAGCAUCCAUCUUUGUUCACGUGGCAAUUAAUGACAUCUGUGGUAAGGCCAAACAGGCUCUAGGUCUAAAAGGUCUGUUUCUCAGAAAUCCAAAGCAGGCCUCUCUGGACAGUCAUGCUGCUGGUCAGCUCCAUCGCAAACAUUCCUUUAGCAGCCACAUCUUGAGAAGGACAGCCAGUGCACCCAUCAAAAGCCAGAAGAAGAACAAGAAGGGCUUUCCUGAAAUUGCGUUUGACACUAAAGACAACAGCUCUGAAGGGGUCAGUGAAGACCAUGAAGUGGACGCUGCCUCAGAGCCUCGCUUUGAGCAAGAGCCAGAAAGUGCUUCUCUGACACCAGCUCCCCGAGAUGGUGCCAGUGGGGAGGUACAUGGCAAGGGGUUGAAAGGUAAGGCCCAUGGUUCCCGUAAAGCCAAAAGCCGAAGUUGUGCUCAAGAGGGUGCUGCUUUCAGUGAACCCAUCCAGAGGUCUGACAGGGUCCGGCUUCAGGAGCACCAGAGUGAGAAGCAAAGCGUCUUUGCACGCUGUGCCAUCAACAGCUCUGGUAGGAUUGGAGUGGCCACCAAUUGCAUAAAAUGCAUGAUUGGUUCCAAAGAAAGCCCAGAUCUAGAAUGCCAGUGGAGUGACCAUCCUACCAGGCCUAUUGCUAAAGAUAUACUUCACCAUGACCAGUAUAGCAGUAUAACUGGAGAAGAGGGGUUAGAGCUAAAAACCUGGGGUGUUAAACCUGUGAAAGGUCAGCCCAGGCGGCAAGCAGCAGAUUUGCAGUCUUGCGGCAGCCCUGGAACUGGUGAUGAUCUAACAAGGAGCACCCAGUCUUUUGUGACCCCAGGGAAGAAAACUGUUGAAUCUUUAAGUCAUGGAAUAAAGGCUCAUUCCCGGCAGCGGUGGCAGUGCCAAUCAGGUGGCAAGUAUGGAAGCACUGUCAACUUGGUUGCAGCCAGCAAUGGCUCGAUAUCCUCCAACUCCAGCAGUUUAGAAAGCCUUGGAAGCCCAGAAUUCCCCAAGCGCUGUUCUGAAACUUCUCGAAGGCAAGUGGGCACCCUGCAGAGGGAAAUGAACGCCUUGUUCGUUCAAAAGUUGGAAGAAAUUCGAAGUAAAUCCCCUAUAUUCUUUACUGAUGUCUGCCAUUUCUCGAUACAGAGGUCAGUCACUUCUUUAUGCAGCCUAGAAACUAUCACUGAAGAGCCUGUUAUUGCCAAUGAAAACCAUCAUACCAGCCUUUUCUUCUCUCUACCCGUUGCUCCUUACAGUGAUUCUGAAGAAGCGUCUGUGUCUGAUCAUUCCACUGAAUCUCGAUCAGAAGCAAGCAGCACAUCCAACCAGCCUCAAGAAUCUCUACUCAAUAGAGAACAAAGAACAAAUCUGGCUGCAGAAGACCAAGUGCAGGUCAUCACACGAGCAGCUGACACAAGUUUAGUAGUUCAAGAGGAUGAGAGGACAAGCAUGGCAGGAUGUCUUAAAGAAGAAAAUGGUUGGACACAGGCAUGCAGUAAAGCUGAAGACCAGUAUGGAAUGGCAGUGCACCCUCAGAAAGCCUGGCUGGUACUGGCAGCAGGUAAGCCUGAUGGACAACCUGUUAAGAACUGCCAGAACCAAAAUGACCAAUCAGGCAUGAAAAGCACCAUUGAAUCCAAAGGGCAAAAACUUGGUGCAGCAGCUGUUGUACGGCAGCAAAACAAUGUGAUUCACAGCACGCAGACAACUUUGCCUUCAGAUACUCUCCAGAAAGCCCAGACUGCACAGGCUCUACCUGUUUCUCAGAAAGGCUCUUACAUGUUAGUACGAAGGCCAAAGAGUGAAGGACUGAAGAUGUCGGACUCCUCAGCCUUAAUAAAAAUUCCAAGUAGCCUGUCUCCAGCAGCAGAAGUAUACUUUGAUGCCACUGUUAAUGACCGGAUCUGGAGCAAGCUAGAUUGCAGCAAUCAUCGUGACAGCAUGUCUUCCUCUUCCAGCAUGUCCUCCAAUGACACUGUGAUAGAUCUCUCUCUCCCUAACCUAGCUCGCAAAAGCCUCCCAGAUCUUGGCAUCCAUUGUGAGAAUUUUGAGCCCCUUGCCAUAAGGAAGGGUAUGCGCCCACGAUCGGCCACAGCCUCCAGUAAUGAGAUGCCAGUGGUGAGCAAGAGCAAAUCCAACCCUAACCUGAGGUCUGGCCAGCUGCCAGCAGAUGAACUGUGCCCCCGUCCUCUUGCCAGGAGUCCUCAAGAUGCAUUCUCAUCCAUUCCUAGAAGGCAUACCUGGAGCAGGCUCUACAUAGAAAGUCUCAGACAGUCUUCUAACAAAUCCAAAGCGCAUGACAUGGUUGGAAAUAACCAGGCAAAAUCCAAAAGUCUUGGAGACCUUACCUCUGAUGAUAUUGUGUGCACUUUUGAAAGCAAAUACCGUAGCAUCAGCAGGAGCUUUGUCACUCGGUCAAUGCGGGAGCAGCGCCGCUCUUCAGGCCUGAGAUCCUCAGCCAAAUCCCAGGACGAACUGAUGGAGCAGCUGAAGAAGCUGACAGCCUUUCAGCAGGAAAAUGAUAUCACUUCUCCUAUCAGUCUCGAUCCAAGUGAAUCUGAGGAGGAAGGGGAGAGCGUGGGGCUCCUGCGCCGCUCAUCGUCCCGCAGCCAGAGCCGGGUGCGCUACAUCGCCAACAGGGCUAAGCAGGCACAGGAGAGGCAACGGCUGCAGAGCCUGGGCCAGCUCGGUGCCAGCCCCAUCGAGGAGAGGGGGAAUCCAGAGGGAGCCUGCAGUGUUGCAAAAGCAGUUUGUAUGGAUACAGGUUCUCCUACCAUGUUUACAUCCCAGCCUAAGAACCAGACUGAUUAUAACACUGACACAGAAGUCUUCUUUAUGCUGAAACUGUAGUACUGGGGAGCGCUGAAGAAGGUGAUGUUUACAUUCCUAGCAAACAAAACACCCUCAUCUGGCUUAGUGCUUCCUGGCCUUCCCUUCAUUGUAAGGGCCCUUGAUAUCAUGACUCCAAAAGAAUAGAUGAGUGUUAAAUUUGUCAGCUUGUAGAAAUAGAACCAUCAAGUGAAAUCAGACACUUGUAUUUUUACAGUCCUAAUGAUCUGACCUCCUUUUUUCUAAUGAUACUUUCCCCAGCCUCAAAUUUGGCCUCUGUUGUGUGUAACCACUUCUUGCAUUUGCAUUUGGCUCCAUGCAAAUCUCAUGUUCUUUACAAAUUUCAUACUGCUUCUUAAAAUAGCUAAAGCUGAUGUUUAAUGGGUAAAUGCGAUGCUAACGACAGCUAAAGGUAAAUUUUUCUCUUACAAAUUGUGGAUCCACAAAAAGAGGCUGGGUUUCAAAUCAUGCUCCCAGUCCUGGUUUAUUUUUUGAGGCAUCUGAGGGUGUCUUCUCUGGGAAAUAUUCAAAAUUGCAGUGAAAUUGUUUCAUGAAUUAAUAAUGUGGUAGAUAAAGUCCAUCUUCCAUCGCGGACCUGUUUAUUGCAGAUUGUCUCACUCUGAAGAAGAGCUCUCAUUAUGUUCCAAAGCAAUGCUUUUUUAAACCAAGCUUGUUUUUAUACAUAUAUAUAUAAAAAAAUAUAUAUAUACACAUCUGUGUGUAUGCAAAUAUAUGUCUGCACAUAUAUGUGCACAUGCACACACUUUAACUGAACUGUGACUGUUCCUUGUCUCAAAGCAUCAUCUGUGGGAAUGAGACAGGAGAGAGAAGGGAAUUGCUAAAAAUAGACUGAAAAGAUCUUCUGACUUUGAUUCAGAAAUGGCUCAAAAGCAUGUUAGUCUUUGCUUGGAAACAGACCAUCCCUUCCUCCCGGAACUUUAACAAUGCUGCUGUACAUAGCACUUUUUGGAUGAAUUUUACUAUUUCUGUAUUGCACUGCCAUGCAAAAGUUUCAAUGAUAUGUUUUAAAAAGAAGAGCUAUUUAAUUUUUUGUACAUGGACAUAUUCAGAAUUAAAACCCAACCGAAACACGAGAAUAAUCUUUCCUCCCCAUUUUUUUUACUUUUUAUUUUUAGGGAUGUCAUCGUUGUCCUCCUGUCCCCAUCCCCCCCCCCAUGAUUAUGUCAUUUAUUAUAGAUGUACAUUUUACCAGUGAUGGAGAAGAAUGUUUACUGAGAUGCAUUUUAAAGAGAAGCAGAGGUUUAAUUUUAUUUCAGCUGCAUAGAGGCUGUAUUAUUGAAAGGAUAUUUUGCUUUUUGUUUGUAAUGAUACCUUUGUGUAUAUUGCAAAAUCUAAAGACCUGUUUGUAAAACCACCUUACACUACUAAAAUAAACAUAUUUAACCCUCCA